UGCAGCGAAAAUUACAAAGAAUCACCGUCGUUACAGUUCUAACCCUAAUUUCCUCCACCCUUGUCUUCUUGUUUCCAUUUUCUGCCUUCCCUUCUCUCUGUUUCAAUCAGCAGACGAUCACCCUCCUCCCAUUUUCAUCUUACAACUUCUUCACUAACUCCAGUUGCCGACUUAUUAUCCGACCUUAUCUUCGUCGGCCCGGUAGCCACUCAGUCGCUCUCCGUCAACCCGCAGCUUGCAACAAUCUGCUCGGAUCUUGUCUUUUUAGCGAGCAGGAAAAAAAAAGCUUUGUUUGUUUUGGGGCAUUCCAUGUAAUUUUGUUGUCCUAUAGCCUUUGGGAAUUUCUUGUUUGUUGAGAUGGACGAUAACAACUCAGCACCUGGGUCUCCAAAAGAAAAUCCAGACCAGAGGUCUGAGAUAAACCCACCUCCAAAUGAUGAUAAUUCACUUGAAAUGAUAGUUCGAAGGUUCCAGGACUCAAUUUCCACAGGUAAGAAACACAAGUUUUGGGAAACCCAACCUGUAGGGCAGUUCAAGGAUAUUGGGGACACAAGCUUGCCUGAGGGUCCAAUUGAGCCACCAUUACCAUUAUCUGAGGUAAAACAAGAGCCCUAUAACUUGCCAAGUCCUUAUGAAUGGACUACCUGUGAUAUGGAUUCAGAAGAGACCUGCAAUGAGGUUUAUAACCUCCUGAAAAAUAACUAUGUUGAGGAUGAUGAGAACAUGUUUAGGUUCAAUUAUUCUAAGGAGUUCCUUGGGUGGGCUUUGCGCCCUCCAGGUUAUUAUCGAAGUUGGCACAUUGGUGUUCGUGUUAAAUCUUCAAAGAAGCUUGUUGCUUUCAUUACUGGUGUUCCUGCAAGAAUUAGGGUGCGUGAUGAAAUUGUCAAAAUGGCGGAGAUCAAUUUCUUGUGUGUUCAUAAGAAGCUUAGAUCAAAGAGACUUGCACCAGUCAUGAUUAAGGAAGUUACUAGGAGGGUUCACUUGGAGAAUAUUUGGCAAGCAGCUUACACAGCAGGAGUGGUUCUUCCGACACCGAUUACUACUUGCCAGUACUGGCAUAGGUCUUUGAAUCCAAAGAAGCUUAUUGAUGUUGGGUUUUCAAGACUUGGUGCAAGGAUGACUAUGAGUAGAACUAUUAAACUGUACAAGCUACCAGAUACACCAGCCACACCUGGAUUCAGAAAAAUGGAGCUUCGGGAUGUCCCUGCUGUAACUCGCUUGCUCAAAAAUUAUUUGGGCCAGUUUGUUGUUGCACCAGAUUUUGAUGAGGAUGAUGUGGAGCACUGGCUUCUUCCAAAAGAGAACGUGGUGGAUAGUUUCUUGGUUGAGAGCCCAGAGACUCAUGAGAUAACUGAUUUCUGCAGCUUCUACACUCUGCCUUCUUCAAUACUUGGCAACCCGAACUAUUCAAUUCUGAAAGCUGCUUAUUCAUAUUAUAAUAUUGCCACUAAGACUCCAUUGCUUCAGCUGAUGAACGAUACACUUAUUGUUGCUAAACAAAGGGAUUUUGAUGUUUUCAAUGCUCUUGAUGUUAUGCAUAACGAGACGUUCCUGAAAGAACUGAAAUUUGGACCAGGUGAUGGGCAGCUUCACUAUUAUCUCUAUAAUUAUCGGAUACAGCGUGCCCUAAGACCGUCACAACUUGGACUUGUGCUCUUGUAAUAUGUGUUCUGGUGUCGGGUCUAUCGUUUCAUCUGCUAUGCUGGUGAUUGACUAGACAGACAUGUUUUAUUUUUCUUGCAUCAGAAGCAGUCGAGGCUCAGAUUUCAUGUGUUUUGAAACUAAAUAUCCUCUGGAUAAAAGGUCCGUCAAUGGAUGUUUUGUUGGUCUGAAUUUCUAUUAAUGCUGUGAAUUGAUUGUUUUCUUGCAUAUUUAUUGCUUGAAUUUUAUGUCUGAAGUGGCUCGGAUGUAAACAUUUGCUAAUGAUGUUGCAUACUUUAUCAGGAAUUUGGUCUUGUUCAUUCAACUGAAUUGUUCAUCUUUGCUUGUGUCUAAAGAAAAAGCAUUCUGGCCUUCUUUGGGUUUCA